UCCCCUGUUCGUAUCCACCGAGGAGGACGGGACUGCGCAGAUGGGCAUCUGCACAGCUGGGGAACAUCUGGACGUGUGCGAUUUGCGGCUGCAAGUCUGCGUCUCACAGGGGCACGUUUGGGCAUGACAGUGUUUUACUGCGGCACAGAGGGACGUCGCUGGAGCAGUACUAUUAACGUCAUUGAUAAAUACACAGGCGCGCAUGAAUGAAUGGUAGUUUAGGGUGUCCUAUAUGUCAUCCUGUUUCGUCAUGUGUCGGUAUUUGUCGUUCUCUCUGCAUCUAAGGCUGCUCGAAUUGUCACGAAAAUAGCAGGAAUAGUGAGUGAUUACGCAGUGAUUUCUGCAAGGGUUCAAAUCACAGCAAGGCGUGUUUCCUCCUCAUGGUUACGCUGUUCCAGAAUUUAAUGUCUCACUUUCGCCUCGGUGCCCGAUCGCCUACUAAUGCUAGAUAGGCAAAGACCUGUCCAUUUCGACACGGUGAUGGCGAUCAGCAAGACGGCGGAGUGGCUGAAGGAGCAGCUGGAGACGCGCAGCGGCCGCCUCCUGCUCAUGGACUGCCGCCCGCAGGAGCUCUACAACUCCUCGCAUGUGGAGACGGCGAUCAACGUCGCCAUCCCGAGCCUCAUGCUGCGGAGGCUAAAGAACGGGAGCCUCCCCAUCAGGUCUCUGCUCGCUCGCGGCGAUGACCGUGAGAAAUUUGCCCGGAGGUGUAAAACGGACACAGUGAUCUUGUACGACGAGUCUAGUAGGGAGUGGAACGAGAACGCGGACCGGGGCUCGGUGCUGGGGCUGCUGCUGCGGCGGAUGAAGGACGAGGGGUGCAGGGCCUUUUACUUGGAAGGAGGCUUCAGCAAAUUUCAGAUGGAGUUCCCCUCACUGUGUGAAACCAAUCUGGACAGCUCAUGUAUGAGUAGCUUCCCUCCUGUCCCAGUUCUGGGGUUAGGCGGACUGCAGAUCAGCUCAGACUCAUCAGAUUUUGAGUCGGAUGUGGACCCCAGCAGUGCUGCAGAUUCCGAUGGGAGCCCCCUGUCAAACGCCCAGCCCUCGUUUCCUGUCGAGAUCUUACCACACCUCUACCUGGGCUGUGCCAGGGACUCCACCAAUCUGCACGUUCUGGAGGAGUGCGGCAUCAAGUACAUUCUCAAUGUGACACCCAACCUACCCAACCUGUUCGAGAACGUGGGCAGAUUCCGAUACAAGCAGAUCCCUAUCUCAGACCACUGGAGCCAAAACCUCUCUCCGUUUUUUCCCGAUGCCAUCAGCUUCAUCGACGAAGCUCGUGGUAAGAAAUGUGGCGUGCUGGUCCACUGCCUUGCAGGCAUCAGCAGGUCUGUGACUGUCACGGUGGCCUACCUCAUGCAAAAGCUCAGCCUCUCCAUGAAUGAUGCCUACGAUAUUGUCAAGAUGAAGAAGUCCAACAUCUCCCCCAACUUCAACUUUAUGGGCCAGCUGCUGGACUUUGAGAGAACCUUGGGCAUCAGCAGCCCUUGUGACAACCACAUAGCACCCCCUAGAGGACCACAGUCACUCUACUUUGCCACCACCCCCACCAACCACAACGUCUUCCAGUUGGACCCCCUGCAGUCUACGUGAGACCCUCUGAUCCACAGCACAUGGCCUCUGAUCUCUUCUGUCACUGGGUCUUGAUUCGAUUGGCUCCAGGCUGCGGAGCUUGGUGGCUGAGGGACAUGUGAGGAGGAAGGUGGAGAGAGACACCUGCUGAUGGAGACAGGCUCUCUUUUCUGCCAUUUGCCUUUUUGUUUUUACCAAUCUCUGCAGGAUUUGUCUUCUGUGAAGACCUGCCUGGCUAGAGACAGAACUCCAGGGUAAACAGAUGGAAUACCUAUGACUAUUAUUGUUUAAAAUACCAAGACUAUGUUUUACUACACUUUAAACAUGCAUACAUGUAAAGACUUUUGACAUCUCGCUUGAUGCUUGGAUUCAUACCAUUUUACAGUUGCACACUUCUGUCAUUUUUAUGUCCAUUUUCUACAUGGAAUUUGACACUCUUAGUUAGCAAAAGGUUUUCGUGGGAAUGCAUGAAUAAUUUGACAUUAACAUUUAAGGAAAGAUUAUCAGAAGUUAUUUCUUUGAGCUUGUUUCGACAGCAUGCUUUGGAAAGCGGUGCUUGGUCAUCAGUCAGGUGGGCAUUUGUUCUAGGCCUGCUGAUCAUGGUGAAAUGAUUCCCGACGCAUGAUGGAUCUGCUAUGAAGAGUCCAUUCUCACAAGAUUCUGUAAGAAACCCUGAAUGGACCAUGUGGAUGUACCUCCACUACAUCCGCAGUUCUCUCUCCCAAAUGUCGACAUGACACCUCGCGAUCCGUAAGGUAUUUACACUCCUUGGGAAUUUCCCUUUAAAAGGGGAAUGUUGCUGUCGUCACAUCUUCCUGUCCUCGUUCUGUGGCAGCACUCUGAGCUAAAAGCUCACUCCCUCACAUUGACUGGAGUGAUGAGGAUUUCUUCCUAAGAUUGUAAACAGAAUUUAAAUUAUUAAUAAAUUAUUUUGCUUA